AUGAUGACCUCUAUGCGCCAGCUGGGCAAGAAUAGACACUAUAGAACGCAAUCUCCGGUCUCUGUGGGCUUCGACUUCGGAGACACUAUCCCUGAGUUGACGUUCCGGGCGACAGAUUGGCUCUUCGCUCACCUUCCAGCUUGUGCAGGCCACUCUCAGAUGGUGUGCCCCGGAGCCAUGCUGGUUGGAAAUAUGACUGAAAAGCAACUCAGUAAGCUUCGACGGACCAUUUUUGUCUUCCAGGCAGACGGGGUCCUGUUCUCGAGUAUUGAGGUUGUGCUUGCAGAUGAGCAUUUAGAUGUCUUGGGAUUCUGGCACCUAGAAAGCACUAGUGAUUUACUGGUUGUCUAUAAACAAGGGCUUGCACGCGUUUUUACCCUUAAAGGCUGGAGGCUACGAGAAUUGCGUCUCUUCAAGAACCCGAAGACACAGACGUCUGUUCUUGCGGCGAGCUUCGCCAAGGACUCCUUUAUUGCUCUGUUUAAUGAAGGCACUCUAGUGUUCUACGAGAACCUCGCUGGAGCCAUAUUUUCCUCCAAGCAACCGCGCUCCCGCUCCAUACGGCCGCCAAUCCUGUCAACCAUAUUUGCUGGCGGGGCCCCGCAAGCAAAUGAUGUAGCGUUUUUGCGCCUGGUCAAUGGCUCUGAAGAGUCUAUGGACACAAAGUUUGUUAUUCUAGCUACUACCCCUGAAAGCGACCCUGAUCCACGUUUGAUAUUCUUCCCUUUAAAUACACAAUCUAUUGAGUCGUAUUGUUACACUAGUUCAGAGCUUUGUAAAGCCGUUCAGCUGAGCCCCGGUUCCGUUCUCUUCACGAAUGCCGUAUUACACCACAGUUGCGACUGUGUUAUAGUGAUUGAUGAGUACUCAUUGUCUUUGGUCGUGAUUAACAUAUUGUCUCUGCGCAAGGACUUUGCCACAGGUGCCCCACGACUCCAGCUUUUCUUUUCGGUGCCAUCCGCUGGAGAAAGGUCCAUUCAGGUCAACCGAGCAGCAGGUCUUUCGGGGCUCCACAGCUCUGCUUUCCUCUGUUCUUUCUGUGAUAUUUUGCCUUGCUAUUAUGAUAACUAUGGCGGUGACGGUGAAAUACGCAUCAUAAUUCCGACCUCUGCUCGCGAUCCGAAGGAGGUUCGCCUGGAGAGCUUGGAAGCUUCCAGUGUAUUUUAUAUGGAAGGGUUAUUGAGUGGGUUGCUCUACAAACAAGAUGACCCCGAUGAAGCUGCCACAAUGCACUUUGUUCGACUUAACCAAGAUCUUUAUAAUAUUGAGACUAGCGCCGAGAACCACCCUGGGGCACUUUUAUAUCAAAUCUCUACGCAGCUACGCAAUGCCAAACAACAUGGUUCGAGCUAUGAUGUCAAGGAAGUCUCAUCAAACAUGUUACUCCAGAUUCUUGAGCCCCAAAUGAACGUGGCAGUCACAAGUGUCUUACAUGCUAUUUCAUCCAUCGAUGAUUGCAAGCAACAAAUGGAAUACUUGAGUGCAGCAGCUUUAGGGAAGCUCUUCCUCAAGGCAGACGAGUUCCUGAGCAUAACGGAGCAGUAUGAUGACACGCGUCGCCGUCUGCGUGUGCUUGGGGACUUCAAUCGACAUACUGUUGGUGGAGCGCUGCCUGCCGAAGACUUUUUCGGCAGAUAUGCGGUCCACACCUUAGUGGGAUACUACUCGUCCCGCGGAGAUCAUGAGCGUGCGCUACGGACUACUCUCUAUUUCUAUAAUAAUAGCGAGGAAGCCAUCAAUCUCACAUUUACCGUUCUCAUGCGCCUUGCGGUUGACUAUUUUCUCAAUCCUGCUUACUUAAAGCAAGACGAGAGGAACAUCAUUAAGGUGCUCGACAUCAAUCUGGGACGCUUCCCCACUGUGACCGGAAUCUAUAGAAAAUUGAUUGACUUUCUGGUCUCUUUAGAGUGUUAUCCGCGAAACGAACUGAUACUGACUCUGAUCGAUAAGGAGCCUGCGAUCUACGAUCGUAUAGCAUUACUCCUCACAACCAGGAACUAUAGAAAGGCAGCAGAGCUUUGCCUACAAUGUGGAGUUGCAAGCUCUUUGACACACCUCGGCUAUAUGCUCUGCAGAGACAAGGAUAUAGGGGGCUACGACAUGAAUGCAGCACUCACCGUAUUUCUUAGGAUGUUCUCGCAACAGCAAUCGCCUCAGGAUCACUCAAUUCAGACAAGCCUUUUCACCUGUCUCCUUCACAUGAUGAUCACAGUCCUGGAAGCAGAACGGAAUCUACCACAAUUGUCCACCUCUGAGCAGAGCACUGCCCUCACCCCUGCGUGGGUUAACUAUGAGUUCUUUAUUAAGCUAUCCAAGUCACUGUCGCUGGAAACGGAAACCACACUGGUAAUGCUUACAGCACUGUUCCACAGCUCUGCCUUUGGUGGUGACUGCAAUACUAUUAUAGAUGCUUUGCACACCCACGCCACUCCGCCACGCGCAUACCAAGUCACAUGCGACAAUCUAUUGCGUGCCAAGAGGUUUAUUACAUGCUUUAUGGAUGACGAUGUCGUGGAAGCUAAGGACAAAAGCAAGAAGUCUAAGGAGAGAGCGCGUGGUGGUGUAGAUCCAAAUAGCUCUAGCAGCCAACUAAAGUCCGUCACAGAGGUAAUGAAUGACACUGGAAGACAGAUUUUUAGGCAUUCUUUUGCUAUGCUUGCAGGUGAUGUUGGAAGCGACUCUGCGAGCAAAAGUACUAAAAAGUUUUCUAUUACUGAUCUUCCUAAAGCCAGAGAGCUCAAAAAGCACAUUACAGGUGACUUCAAGAAGGACGUCUCAGCCGAACUAGUGUAUUUGUCUGUCUGUGAGGGCUUUGUUAUGGCAGCGUCUAAAGAAAAUGCACAGUCACCUAUCAAUGUAAAGACUAUGAGGCUGCUUAUGGAUGCCUUGCACGAGUUCUGCACAUCAAUAAUUCCCAGUAAGGUUCUUGCUGUCAUUGCAUACCCUCUUCUUACCGUAAUAGAACAAACCCUUUCAACAGAAGUGCAUAUCACACAGUCUAAUAUCUACAGAGAGUUGUAUGGAUUGCUCGAUCCUGUCUCCAGAGCCAGGGCUGCAUUGCGGUCUGGCAAGGCAGAUGAGCUUGCUGCUGCGCUAGAGAGUGUUGGAUUAGCAGACAUGGAGCCCUUCAGCAUAGCCUCCAUGUCACUGUCAGCAGAGCUACAGGCAGUAAUAAUGAAGGCGCGCUCUCUUAAGUAG